AGCCGCCACGUGACCCGCCGCUACCGCUGAUUGGCGGAGCUGUGCCCUUGCGUCACCUCUGCAGCAGCCGGAGACAGAGCGGGGCGGGUGUAGCUGCUGUUGCAGUGAGGACUCUGGAGCUGGGUGACUGUGUGUGAGGGUCCCCGGCCUGGCCGGGGGGAAGAGACACAUUGCGGCCCGGGAUAGCCAGAGCGAUGAGACGGACGGCUGCCUCCUCAUAGCCUGUGGUGUACCUGCUCUCAUCUCCCCGCGUUCUACAUGUGUCAUCAUACAGUUUAGACCUAGAACGAUCACAUGAUGGGCACGCCGGCAUCCGUCAUCAGCUCCCCCGCAGUCCCCUGGCAGCCCCCGCAGCCGCGAGCCAGGAAAAAGGCCUCAGCCAACAUCUUCAAAGACAUUGACUUGCUGCAGAUACAGACUCUCUUCCGCACCUGUGGGGACGAAUGCGCUGAUGAGCGAGCUCAAAUCAUUUACAAUUGCGCGGGUGACAGGCGCAUCGCAGAAGCUUUGCUCAAGCUCCGAAAGAAGAAAAAGAACAAAAGUCUUAAUUCGUCAUCUCCCAAACUGAAUAGUGACCGGAUCGGGGGGCUCACCAUGCAGAACUUCAAGAAACUCUGCAUCAAUGAAACUGGUCACAGAGGAAGUACUUCCACAGAGGAAGACCCCGAUGAGUCCAGCAGCGGUGACCAGGAGAGACCAUCGCUCUGUGGAACAAAGAAACUAUCGGAACCACAAAGGACAAAAAACAAACUGAUGAGUCUACAGAAGCAGCGACAUAUCUCUGGCUACCUGCACCAAAUAAAGAGAUGAACUUGGUAAAAAUGAAGGAAGGCUGUAGCAACCUGCCAAUCAUACUGCACUGCAAUAAGAAGUCUACUGUAAUGACUGACUGCUUCUCUUAACAAGCUGGUUCCCGGAUGUCUCAGCAUUUAACUAUGGAUGAUGCAGGACAACACUUAACACUCCUAAGCAACGUUCCUUCAGUAAUUUUUUUUACUGUGCGUGUUGGAGAACGUAAUCCAUCCCAGCUAAAUACGUUAAAUCUAUGGGGUCGAUUCAAUUCAGUGACAGGAGCUAACUAUUCAAUACAGCGACAAGUGACACUAAUUGUCAGGAAUUCUUCUCUCACCCCCGGUGGAUGAGAGAGGAAAUCCGACAAAAGUGCGGCCGGCGCGAGGCUGCUUCUGUCGGGAAUCAGCAUCGCGGCGGGGAGUUAAGUCGGAGAAUACCCGUUCUCCCGACAAUUCAACCUGUUAAGUCCGCGAGACCGGGCCUUUGCCGACUUAACUUGAGCUGAAUUGAAUAGCGGCGGGAGCUAACUCCCGUCCCUAUUCAACUGUCGCUGAAUUGAAUCGACCCCCUAUGUUAUAACCAAUCUGGCAGUAUAUAAAGUAUUUGUUACAUAUAGGAAUAGUAAAAAGAGAGGGGGCAGCUUCAGAUGUAAAACACUAUAUACGUCUUGUUCAUAGGCCAGUCCAGUAGUCAUGGAGUAUAUGCAAUCACGCUUAAAUGUUGCAUUAGUGCUCAUGGAACCUGGCACAGUGGGUGAGAUGUUUAAUGUUACGGAAGGUGCCGUUUUGACUAUGAAUUAUUUUAUUUUUUUUACUGCCUUUAUAUAUCGGACUUGACAUUUUAGUCUUAGCAUGGAUUAAUUAAGCAGCAAUAACUACUUGCACAUUGUGACGGCUUUAACCAAUAAAUACUUUCUUAUUUUUUUUUAAUAAACUCAAGGCACAAUUUCCUUCUGGGAAGUAUGAUCUGAUGCGUCACUGUUACACAUAUGAACAGGAAGCAAUAUUGUCACCAUUCCAAUAGUCUGCUUAUUCCUAGUAAGAGUUUGCACACUACAUGACAUAAAUGUAAUAUUGUAACCUAGAACUAGGCUUACCAUACUGUCCCUUUAAACCGGGACACAUUAAUUACACAAGUUCUGUGGCUGGCUGAAAAGCCUGCAUUUCACCUGGUUUUAAGCAGCUACAGGACCUGUGUAAUUCAUGAGUGUCCCGGUUCAAAGGUAUAGUAUGGUAAGCCUACCUAGAACCUUGUCUAGUUACUUCUGUUGUCUGAGUUUCCCAUGUUUAUCCAGCAAUACAGACUUCGUGGAGAUACUUGAAAUGUCAAACUUAUUUUUGUUUUGAUUGUGAUGUAAAUCUGGACAUAUAUAAAAGCAAAGAACAC